AUGGCUGGGAUUGUGAGUGAGGAAGCUGGAGCUGGAAAGUCUACAGAGGGGAUUUCAAGUGGGCAGCGUUGCCAGUCAGGUGAAGCUUUGGCAGAAUGGCGAUCUUCUGAGCAGGUGGAAAAUGGAACCCCAUCAACUUCGCCGCCUUAUUGGGACACUGAUGAUGACGAUGAUGGAGGGCCAAAACCUUCUGAGUUAUAUGGAAAAUACACGUGGAAGAUAGAGAAAUUUUCACAGAUUAAUAAAAGAGAACUUCGAAGCAAUGCAUUUGAAGUUGGUGGCUACAAAUGGUACAUUUUAAUAUAUCCCCAAGGUUGUGAUGUCUGCAAUCAUCUUUCGUUAUUUCUCUGUGUUGCCAACCAUGACAAACUUCUUCCAGGUUGGAGUCAUUUUGCACAGUUUACGAUUGCUGUGGUGAAUAAAGAUCCAAAAAAAUCAAAAUAUUCUGAUACAUUACAUCGGUUCUGGAAGAAAGAGCAUGACUGGGGAUGGAAGAAAUUUAUGGAAUUAUCAAAAGUGUCAGAUGGGUUUUUAGAUGCAGCUGACACUCUUAUUAUAAAGGCUCAAGUACAAGUCAUCAGGGAGAAAGCAGAUCGGCCUUUUCGUUGCCUCGAUUGCCAGUAUAGGAGAGAACUUGUUAGGGUAUAUUUGACAAAUGUAGAGCAGAUUUGUCGGCGUUUUGUGGAAGAGAGACGGGGCAAACUCGGGAAAUUAAUAGAGGACAAAAAUAAGUGGUCAAGCUUUUGUGCCUUUUGGUUGGGAAUGGAUCAACAUGCCCGGCGCCGCAUGUCUAGGGAGAAAACAGAUGUAAUUCUGAAAGUAGUCGUAAAGCAUUUCUUUAUAGAGAAGGAAGUCACAUCUACAUUGGUAAUGGAUUCCUUGUAUAGCGGAUUGAAGGCUCUUGAAGGCCAAACUAAGAGCCGGAAAGGGAGAGCAAAAUUAUUAGAUGCUGAAGAAAUGCCAGCUCCAAUUGUUUGUGUUGAAAAAGAUAUGUUUGUGUUGGUGGAUGAUGUGCUGCUACUACUUGAGAGGGCUGCCAUGGAACCGUUGCCUCCAAAAGAUGAGAAGGGCCCUCAGAAUCGUACAAAAGAUGGAAGUUCUGGAGAGGACUUCAACAAGGAUUCCAUUGAGCGUGAUGAAAGGCGUCUAACAGAAUUGGGUCGUAGGACGGUGGAAAUAUUUGUCCUUGCUCAUAUUUUUAACCAUAAAAUUGAAGUUUCCUACCAGGAAGCUGUUGCUUUAAAGAGGCAAGAAGAGCUAAUUCGUGAAGAAGAGGCCGCAUGGCUUGCAGAAAACCCUUUGGAAUUCUUUCUAGCUAAACAAAAACGGAACAAUCGCAAAGGGAAGGAUAAAGGGAGAGAGGAUAGGCCUGGUGUCGCUUUGGUAGACAAACACCAAGAGUCAGAGUCAAGUCUUAGUGAUGAGAAGAAGGAGUUUGUUGCGGAGGUGCAUCCUGUGGUGGAAAAGGCUGAGGCUCUGGAAGAUGUCUCUGAUGUGUCUGAUUCAGUGGAUGGUGUUGCCGAAGUGCUCCAGCCUGAUUCAGAAGACAGAGAUGCAAGUCCAGUCAGUUGGGAUACUGACACCUCAGAAGUUCAUCCUCCCACCGAAGCCAGUAGCAGUGGAGUUACUGGCUUGUCAUCUGUGCCAAAUGGGACAACUGAAAAAAGGAAUACGUAUGCAAUGGAUGAUAGUUCCUCAACAUGCUCAACAGAUUCAGUCCCUUCAGUAGUAACGAAUGGCCCCUAUAAGGGAAAUUCUUACUCGAACUAUCAAUUUGAAAAAUCGCCUAGCAGAGGGAAGAACCAGCGAGGUAAGAUGGCACGUGAUGGGAGCUGGACAAGUGAAAUGGAUAAUCAGGCUUCUGAGCCUGCAUCAGAUACUGGUGAUCUUAGUGAUGUCACAAGAAGUAGCAAGGCUGCUGAUUGCGAGCUUGAGGCUGUUGUUCAUGAUUUGCAGGAUAGGAUGAUGAGGCUUGAACAGCAUGUAAUCAAGACAGUGAAGGAAGAUGAAGUUGUUUCUAUGCCAAAGCAGACGAGUAACAAAGACCUGGUUGAGGUGGAAAGACCUAAAGAAAAGACAGCAGCUGUACCAUCUUCUCCCAGAAGCCCUCCGACAAGUUCUCCUAAAUGUGUCCCAUCCACUGUUCAACUGAAGUCAGACAGCAAGAGUUCAGCUACCAUGGAUCUUGCUCAAGUUAAGAAAACAUCUUCAAAUUGCUCACAGCAGGCUGAUAAAGCUGCAACUUCAGCUACCUCCCCCAAAAUGGUGUCUGAGAAACCAACUCUACAACAAGUAUCUGCCAUGUCAAGGCCCUCCAGUGCUCCUCUGGUGCCUGGUCCCCGGCCAACUACUGCUCCUGUUUCCCUGGUCCAAACAACUCCUUUACUUGCUCGUUCAGUGAGUGCAGCUGGUCGGCUGGGUCCUGACCCUUCACCAGCUGCUCAUAGUUAUGUUCCUCAGUCCUAUCGAAAUGCCAUAAUUGGUAACGCUGUUGGUUCCAGUUCAUCUGGUUUCACUCAUACCAACUCUUCAAGUACAGGAGUGAACCUAUCACCAGUGCAUGUGCAGCCAUCUACUUUGGUAUCUGCACCGAUGUUUUUAUCACCCUUGAACUCUGAAAGGGUAGACCCAAACUCUCUCCAAUCUGGCUUUCCUUUCGGCAUGGUAACUCGAGAUGUCUUACAGAAUGGACGCCAAUGGAUGGAGAGCUCUCAAAGGGAUGCUAGUCGAAGCAUGAGUGGUGACCCUUCUUCCCUGGUAAAUGGCAUACAAAACAUUGACUUGUACAAUCCUGUACGAAGUGGAUCACAGGAGCACUACUCCAGUGAGUUCCCAGCCUGUACAUCUGGGCGUCAGACUCAAGGUGGGGUGAUAGAUGAGUUCCCACAUCUUGAUAUCAUCAAUGAUUUGCUUGAUGAGGAACAUGCUGUGGGGAAGACAGCUGAGGCAAGCAGAGUCUUCCGUAGCAAUGGGCCACACCUAUUAAAUCGGCAGUUCUCUUUUCCAAACGACAUGGCUAUAUCAAGUGAUUUGGGUUCCUCAACCAGCAGCUCCUGCAGGUUUGAGCGUACCAGGAGUUACCAUGAUGGUGGAUUUCAGCGGAGCUAUAGCUCUUCUGGAACCCAUUUUGACACACUAAGGGAAUUUAUUCCACAAGGUAACCCGCUGCCUUAUGCAAAUGGGCAUGUUGAUGGGUUGAUUCCAAACCAGUGGCAGAUGGCUGGUUCUGAUAUUUCCUUGAUGGGCAUGAGGAAUGCUGAUGGCGAUAGUCCUCCGUAUUUUAAUCCAGUGUAUUCAAAUAUGGCAUGCGGUGUCAAUGGCUAUACUGUAUUUCGGCCUUCAAAUGGACAUUGA